GAAAUUACUGUGACAGCUGUAGAAGAAGAAUUUUAUUGCGAAAAAAACUAAUUCAGAUAUUUUUUGCAAAACGGAAGAUUGUGUAGAGCACGUAAUUUUCGUACGUUCGGAUGCUAAUUACUCACGGAAGACGAAAAAGAAGAAGAGCAAACAUUUCAACACGCAAAGAAGGGCCCCACAGUGCUUAGGUGUGGUUUUGUUUUGUCGCAAAAAGAGAUUCCUACUGUUGUAAAAAUUUCUAUGCGAAUGGGCUGUUUCUAGUAUCCGAAAGAAGUAGCAUAGCAUUCGCUUAAAAAUAUUAUCUAUUUGCGUGUGGGUGUAAAACAAUAGUGCACAAUAAUGACCGGACGACUUCCUGCUUGUGUGAUCGAUGUAGGAACUGGCUACACAAAACUCGGCUUUGCGGCGAACAAGGAACCACAAUUUAUCAUCCCAUCCGCUAUUGCGAUCAAAGAGUCGGCCAAAGUGGGCGAUCAGAGCGCUCGCCGUGUGACCAAGGGAGUGGAAGACUUGGACUUCUAUAUCGGCGAUGAAGCAUUCGAUGCGACCGGAUACUCUGUAAAGUACCCGGUACGCCAUGGCUUGGUCGAAGACUGGGACCUGAUGGAACGAUUUCUGGAGCAAUGUAUUUUCAAGUACCUUCGCGCAGAACCGGAAGAUCACCACUUUCUGCUAACAGAGCCUCCGCUGAACACGCCGGAAAAUCGUGAAUACACUGCCGAAAUCAUGUUUGAAACGUUUAACGUACCGGGGUUGUACAUCGCUGUGCAGGCCGUACUAGCUCUGGCUGCCAGCUGGGCAUCCCGGCCAGUAGAGGAACGCACAUUAACCGGAAUCGUGGUGGACAGUGGAGAUGGUGUGACACACGUUAUUCCCGUGGCGGAAGGAUAUGUAAUCGGUUCAUGCAUCAAGCACAUUCCUAUUGCGGGUCGCAACAUUACCUCGUUCAUUCAGAGUUUGCUGCGUGAGCGUGAGGUAGGUAUUCCACCCGAGCAGAGUUUGGAGACGGCCAAAGCAAUCAAGGAGCGAUACAGCUACAUCUGUCCGGACAUUGCGAAAGAGUUUGCAAAGUACGACGCGGAACCAACCAAGUGGAUGCGCCACUACGAGGGCAUCAAUGCCAUUACGAAGCAACCGUUCGGUGUGGACGUCGGUUAUGAGCGUUUCUUGGGGCCGGAAAUUUUCUUUCAUCCCGAGUUUUCGAAUCCGGACUUUACGACCCCAUUGUCGGAGAUCGUGGACACUGUCAUACAAAACUGUCCGAUUGAUGUGCGAAGACCAUUGUACAACAAUAUUGUGCUGAGCGGUGGAUCUACCAUGUUCCGUGAUUUUGGACGUCGCUUGCAACGCGAUAUUAAGCGCAGUGUUGAUGCCAGGCUGAGAAUUAGUGAAAAUCUUAGCGAAGGAAGAAUAAAGCCAAAACCUAUUGAUGUGUCGGUGAUAUCCCAUCAUAUGCAGCGAUAUGCCGUAUGGUUCGGGGGCAGUAUGCUAGCCUCUACGCCUGAAUUUUAUCAAGUGUGUCACACGAAAGCUGCCUACGAAGAGUAUGGUCCUGGUAUAUGCCGUCACAAUCCGGUGUUCGGAACCAUGACAUAGACGAAAUGCAAAAUGUGAAUACCUUCGGCCCCCCAUCUAACGUAAUUGAAAGGUCGAAUGUGGUGGGUAAAAUGAACCACAGCGUUGAAUGAAAAGGACUUCAAGUCUGUUCUAGAACAUUAUUUACCAAAAGUAAUCCCCGUAUGCAAACCCCGUUACGUCAAUUUGCUUCGAGUGCAAACUGGCGAAAGUAAGAGUAAGUCCGCGAUAUGGAUGCAUUUUAAACAUUUAUUAUUUUAUACCAUCUUUAUUUCCUCGAUCGAGUUCCGUUGUGCAAAAGGUAUACGCUUUGCGAUUAGUUUAUGUGUUGUUCUGUGUAGCCCAUGGCUGUCGUCUGUCGUUGCGAAGAAAACUAAUUCACAAAAUAGGAUAAAUAGUUACGAACAGUGCAACAAGGGGCAUUUAUUUCAUAGACCUAAUUAAAACUCCAUUUUGCAAUUUUUGGAACGUGUCCAUUUCUCUUAAUUUCUUUGGUGCAAUAGACUCAUCCCGAAAAUGGAUUACCAAAAAUCGUUGUUUACGCUAAUAAUGCACACUACCAAUGUGAGCUACUGUACUAUUUUCGGAUUAAUUAAACACAAUUUCCUUCAUGAAAAAAGAACAUCGGUAGAGAAACAAAGCAAUAGCGUACGAACGACCUGCUAGUAUUGUAACAUUGAACAAAACAAAUUAAUACCUUCCAUCGGAAUAGACAGUAUUGUGCGCUUUUUACAUACCCGUUCAUCAUUUGUUGCUUAAUUUGAGUAUUAAGAUUCGCUCGUCUGAAGACUGACUUUUUUCGCUCUGGUGGAAUUAGUUUUCAGCAAAUGUAAUACAUGAAUGCACGUAAUUCGAUAAUAAAGUUACGUUACGAUCCUUAUUUCAUUGCGUUUAAACAGAUCACUAGUAAACGUAUAUAUCGAAAAUAGUGGAGAUAGCCGUUUUGUUUCACUGCGGCCCAAC